UUGAAUAAGUUCAGUAAAUACCUGUAAUAUUUAUCGUCUUCACAUCGUGACUAAGUUCUGAAGCGAACAGGAAUAUCUGGAGGAGUUUAUCAUCUGAACUGAGAUCUGCUGCUGUGAAGAUGGAGUUUGUGAAAGAGGAGAGAGAAGAGAACACGAGUGAACCAGAAACCUUCACAAUAAAACAAGAGGAAACAGAAAUAAAACACGAGGAACCAGAAACCUGGAGAAUAAAACACGAGGAAACAGAAACCUGGAGAAUAAAACACGAGGAACCAGAAAUAAAACACGAGGAGCCAGAAACAUUGAGAAUAAAACAAGAGGAACCAGAAACUUUGAGAAUAAAACACGAGGAACCAGAAACUUUGAGAAUAAAACACGAGGAACCAGAAAUAAAACACGAGGAACAAGGAGAGUUCAUUGAAGAAAAAGAGGAAAAUGAAGAAUCAAGUGAAGUUGAGGAGAAAAAAAAUGUCAAAACUGGUGGAAAACCUUUGAGUUGCUCUCAAACCAAACAAAAAGAUUUAAAGAAAAAAAGAGUUAAGAAAUCUUUCACCUGCACUCAGUGUGAAAAGAGUUUCACACAUAAAUCAAAUCUUAAUCGUCACAUGAGAGUUCAUACUGGAGAGAAACCAUUAACCUGUGACCAACGUGGGAACAGUUUCACACAAUCAUCAAACCUUAAGGAUCACAUGAACAUCCACACUAGAGAGAAGCAGCACGCAUGUGAUCAAUGUGGUAAAAUGUUUUUAUGGGCUUCACUUCUGAAAAAACACUUAAAAGUUCAUUCAAAGACGAAGCCACAUUCAUGUCAUUUGUGUGGUAAGAGUUAUUUGCAUCUACAAAGUUUGAAAGAACAUCAGAAAAUACAUACUGGUGUGAGAGAGUACGUGUGCUUUGGGUGUGAAAAGACUUUUAGUUCAGCAAGUAGAUUAAAACGGCAUGAGAGGAUUCACACUGGAGAGAAACCUUAUAAGUGUUCACACUGUGACAAGAGUUUCAAUGUCUCAUCAAGUCUGAAAACACAUGAGAGGAUUCACACUGGAGAGAAACCUUACAAGUGUUUAAUCUGUGACAAGAGAUUCAGUCAAACAGGAGAUCUAAAAAACCAUGAGAGGAUUCACACUGGAGAGAGACCUUUUAAGUGUUCACAUUGUGACAAGAGAUUCACUUGGUCAACACAUUUGAAAAUACAUGAGAGGAUCCACACUGGAGAGAAACCUUAUAAGUGUUCACACUGUGACAAGAGAUUCAGAGUGUCAUCAAGUCUGAAAACACAUAAGAGGAUCCACACUGGAGAGAAACCUUACAAGUGUUCACACUGUGACAAGAGAUUCGGUGUGUCAUCAAGUCUGAAAACACAUGAGAGAAUUCACACUGGAGAGAAACCUUACAUGUGUUCACACUGUGACAAGAGAUUCAGAGAUAUAUCAAGUCUGAAAACACAUGAGAUGAUUCACACUGGAGAGAAACCUUACAUGUGUUCACACUGUGACAAGAAAUUCAGUCAGACAAGAGAUCUGAAAAAUCAUGAGAGGAUCCAUACUGGAGAGAAACCUUACAAGUGUUCAGACUGUGACAAGAGAUUCAGCCAGUCAAGAGAUCUGAAAAUACAUGAGAGGAUUCACACUGGAGAGAAACCUUUUAAGUGUUCACACUGUGAGAAGCGAUUCAGUCAGUUAGCAAAUCUGAAAACACAUGAGAAAAUGCACGCUGGAGAGAAACCUUAUAAGUGUUUAAUCUGUGACAAGAGAUUCAGUCAGACAACAAUUCUGAAAAACCAUGAGAGGAUUCACACUGGAGAGAAACCUUUUAAGUGUUCACAUUGUGACAAGAGAUUCAGUUGGUCAACACAUUUGAAAAGACAUGAGAGGAUCCACACUGGAGAGAAACCUUAUAAGUGUUCACACUGUGUCAGGAAAUUCAGUCUUUCAGCAAGUCUGAAAAUACAUGAGGUGAUCCAUACUGGAGAGAAACCUAAUAAGUGUUCACACUGUGACAAGAGAUUUAGUGAUUUAUCACAUCUGAAAACACAUGAGAAGAUUCACACUGGAGAGAAACCUAAUAAGUGUUCACACUGUGACAAGAAAUUCCGUCGUUCAGUAGAUCUGAAAACACAUGAGAGGAUUCACACUGGAGAGAAACCUUACAAGUGUUCACACUGUGAAAAGAGAUUCAGUGUGUCAUCAACUCUGAAAAGACAUGAGAGGAUUCACACUGGAGAGAAACCUUACAAGUGUUCACACUGUGUCAGGAAAUUCAGUCUAUCAGCAAGUCUGAAAAAACAUGAGUGGAUUCACACUGGAGAUAAACCUUACAAGUGUUCACACUGUGACAAGAGAUUCAGUGUGUCAUCGAGUCUAAAAAUACAUAAGAGGAUCCACACUGGAGAGAAACCUUAUAAGUGUUCACACUGUGACAAGAGAUUCAGUGUGUCAUCGAGUCUAAAAACACAUAAGAGGAUCCACACUGGAGAGAAACCUUAUAAGUGUUCACACUGUGUCAGGAAAUUCAGUCUUUCAGCAAGUUUGAAAAAACAUGAGUGGAUUCACACUGGAGAGAAACCUUACAAGUGUUCACACUGUGACAAGAGAUUCAGUGUGUCAUCAAUUCUGAAAAUACAUGAGGUGAUUCACACUGGAGAGAAACCUUACAAGUGUUCACACUGUGACAAGAAAUUCCGUCGUUCAGUAGAUCUGAAAACACAUGAGAGGAUUCACACUGGAGAAAAACCUUACAAGUGUUCACACUGUGACAAGCGAUUCAGUGUGUCAUCGACUCUGAAAAGACAUGAGAGGAUUCACACUGGAGAGAAACCUUACAAGUGUUCACACUGUGUCAGGAAAUUCAGUCUAUCAGCAAGUCUGAAAAAACAUGAGAGGAUUCACACUGGAGAGAAACCUUACAAGUGUUCACACUGUGACGAGAAAUUCAGUCAUCCAUCAAAUCUGAAAAGACAUGAGAGGAUUCACACUGGAGAGAAAGUAGAUCACCGCAAUGUAUGAGGGAAGUGUUCCAUUAAGUCAUCUGUUAUACACAGUCAUGCAAAAUCCAACCACAGUAAGGCCCCGUACACGCGGAGACGCAUUUAGUUGUAUAUGUAAAUAUUUUGUAUGGUAUAUACGUUUCAUCCAGACUGAUCCAGCAUUCGGGGGAAUGAAAACCCUAUUAAAAAAAAAAAAAAAAAAAACGGGUCCCAGAGUGGAUAAAUCUGAAAAUGACACCUUUGGGUUUUUGUGUACUGCCAAUUCAUCUAUUUUGUAAAACAAUGAUGUCAUCACCCCACGUCUCGACCAUAGUCCGACACUGCUACAUCAUUUAACACGAUUUAACAAUGGAGGACUACAUGUUUGUGUUCAUGCUGCAGAAACUACUGAGCCUGUAAGCUUGACUAAACUUACUAGUAGAGCUGCACGAUAUUGGAAAAAAAACUCACAUCGUGAUAAUGUUUCUGUGAUGUAUAUUGCGAUAUGGAAAAAAAAUCACUAGAUGACUUGAACAGCUCUAUUUGG